CAUAAUCAGUAUGUUCCCCAAAAAUCAUCAAGGAUCAUCAUAAUUUCAUUCUACAAAACAAAUAUGAUAAAUAUUGAGACUUAGGUCUUUCUCUUCCUAUUCAAUUUAUGUAUAGUGACAACUAAUAAAUCAUAUCACUCCCUAACUCUAACAUUUAGAGGUAGGGAUUUUUGAAUGGGAGAGAACCUACCCAUUAUAAUAAUCUUUUGGGUACCCAGCAAGCAGUCCACUUUAAUUUCCAGUCUUACAUCUAUUCACAUCACACCAUAUUAAAACUAAGAUAAAACUUAAACCCACUUAGAUCACAUAACUUUAUUAGGAUUUACCAGGUUUUCAUUCAACCUAAUUUUGAAUACCAAAUACAAUUAACGAAAACCCACAUAAAUUUUCUAACAUUUUCUCACUUGGGCAGCACUAACUGAUUUUAAAAUUUUGAAAACCAUAAUUUAAAAAAUGACUCUUGAGUCAAAUAUAACAAAUAUAAAGUUAAUGGCCACAAAUAUAAAUCAAAAUCAUAGCACAAAAUUCCAUUCAAUGAAAAUAUCAAUACUGAACUAUGUGGUCAUUAUACCACUAGCAACGCCAAACCCCUCAUAAUUACAAAUAUCAAAUAUCUCCACCAACAUUAAUUCCAAUGGAUGUGAUAGUGUAGUGUGGUUUACCACAAUGUGAUCCAUGUAAUAUAUAACAUAUCAAAAUCACAAUGAUCUUCUUUAUGGUUUUAAAGAAACCCUUUAUCAGGAUGUAAUCCCUUUUACACUUUCCUGAUACAUGUUAAAAUUUAAUGAUCGACAAUGUAGAAUAUAGGGUAUUAAAUAUAAUAAAAUAUAUAAAUUGCAUACCUUAAUCUCCAUGAUCAAUAUGUUAUCUAAAGAUCAUCAAGAAUCAUCAUAAUUCCAUUCUACAAAACAAAUAUGAUUAGCAUUA